AUAAGUAUGAUUCGAAGUAUCAACGUGCAGAGAUUAGUUAUGCAGUCUUCAAGGUGUAAAAUCGACCUCACGAGCUUAAACAUUUUUAUUCCUGUCUAUCUUUCAUAAUUUUUUCUUUAUACUAUAUGAUCUUAAUUUUCGUUGGAAGAUAUAUUAUUAAUAUGAGAUCGAGACUUUACCAAGCACACAUAUCUUGUUUUGUCUUUUGCUCUUCGAUAUAUUGUCAUACGAAGCUUAAAAAAGAUAAAUGAUGCCAUAAACGAAAUAAAUGCACGUAAACAUGUUAGAGAGAAAAAGUGCGGAGAAUAAAAGGAGCGUAUAUUAACAUGUACAUACAUAGAUUGUAUCAAAUGGAACAGUUAUAGGUCAUCGCUAAAGCGUAUUUUACUUUAGCACGUUGCAAGCGGAAUACAUGGCGUUUCAUUCUUCUUUCUUUUAUACUUUUUUUUUUUUACCGAAACUGGAGAUAACUUUAGCGUUCGAGCAAUUCUUUUCUCUGGCAUAUUUUAAUUGUGUCGCUUUGGAAAUAUUUCUACCGCUACGGUCGUGUUUCGGCAUAACGCGCGACCGACCAAAAUAGAAUUUCGUUUACGAAAUAUUGGCAGUCUCCAUUUUCGUCACUAGAUAAAACGUUUCGGAGCGCUGAAAUACGUUCGCGUGGAAUUGUAAUCGGGUUUUGUUCUCUCCCAUUUUACGCGUGACGAGAUUACACGUUUUCCAGCAACGAAAUCUCCGGGACACGGUUCUCGUCCUAUUGUAAUUUAAGGAAACCUAUGAUUGUCACACGCGACAGCAACGUAUUUCGUUCGCGCACCAACUCUUUUAUGAAUUUUUCAUUUCGUCCGAAUCGUCGUGGAAUUUUUAAGUUUUAAAUGGUGUUUUUUCAAUUUUUAAAGGUCGAAAGUGAUUUUCAAGAUAGGAUGCUGUCUGAGACAAUGCAGUCAGUUGUGAUCUCGUGAGAAAAUCAUUAGAAUACAAAAAUAAUAAAUAUGGAGAGAACUGUUAAACGACGAAACAAAGCCCUGCAGACUACGGACGUAGAAAAUUCAACAGCUAAUCAAGAAGAUGAGAAAAACGUACAGGAGAAGCCGAGAAACACAUUGAAGUACUACUUCGAUAGAUUUAGGUACUAUCAUUACUGUUUGGCUGAAAGAUUGGACAAUUUAAUUGGAGCGGUGUGCCUUACGAUAAUUAAAAUUUAUUUUUUCUUAAUGGGAUGGCAUCAACAGCUUGAUCAACAGGAUGCUGAAAUGACGAGCACGAUGAAUAUGGACGAUGGAUAACUUACACUACAAAUACAUUGUGUAUACAUAUAUUUUGUAGAAUAUUUUACUUUUAUUCAAGUAAUUUGAAAUACAUGAAAUACGCGAGCGUCUACUAAUAACGAGACUGUUCAAUCGCGCGAUUCUAUUAUGUACUUUAUAAACAUCGCUACUAUUCAAUGUAAAAUCCAUAAUAAAUUCCUAAGAUAUUGAAAA